AUGGAGACUCAAUGUGUCGUGAAGAAUUCUGUACGACCAUUAGAUUCUCGCAUACUAUCACAUGUAUUACAUCAGUAUGACGGAAAGACAGUACAAAUACCAGAGUGUGAUGAUCCAGUGUAUCAUGGGAAAGGAAAAGCAGUAUUUAAAACGAACUUUACGUACACUGGGGACUUUUAUUAUGGUCGAUUACAUGGUAUAGGACGUAUUAAUUGGCAUACAAGUAAUAUUACUUACGAAGGAGAUGUAAAAUAUAAUGAAAUUACUGGAAAAGGAACGUAUUGGUGGCCAAAUGGAAGUAAAUACAUUGGAGACGUGAAAUGUGGUAAACGACAUGGUUAUGGAGUGUUUGAGACGGGGGAACAAGGUGUUGUAGCUACGAAAGAAGAGCAAGAAGAUAAAAAAGUUUCAAAUGGUAUUAUUUCUAAAAAUGAAAAAGAAAUGCAUUUAGACGUCAAAAAGAUUGGUCGGUAUUCCGGUGAAUGGUUUGAUGGUGUACCACAUGGUUACGGUGAAUUAGUAUAUGAUAAUGUACGCAAUGUUCGAUACGAAGGAAACUUUGUAGCUGGAAAGCGAGAUGGUUAUGGAGUUAUGUAUUAUGAAGACGGUAGUAUGUAUGCAGGGGAUUGGAAAGACGAUGUGAAACAUGGACAUGGAGUGAUGACUUGGGUUACACUUGACUCGACUAGUCGUAAGAUACCCCUUGAAAUGUACGAUGGUGAUUGGAAAUAUGAUCGACCACAUGGAUUUGGACGAUACGUAUGGUAUCAAAGUACAAUGUACGAUAAAAAUUGGUACGAAGGUGAAAUGUAUCAAGGAAAACGUCAUGGACGUGGUGUCUUUUAUUAUUCAAAUGGAGCACAAUAUGAAGGUGAAUGGAAAGAAAAUCAAAAAGAUGGUUGGGGUCUUUUUUUCUAUCAAGAUGGACGUGUAUUUGUUGGUCGUUAUCAUCAAGAUCGAAGUAAUUUUGGUGUCAUUUCUAAACCAAAUGUCGAGGAAAAUGGUGUGAUGUUGUAUAUUAACGAUCUGUUUUCAUUUUUAAACAUUCAAAAGCUUGAACAAGCUCAAGAAGCUGUUGUACAUUCAGUUUUACGUCUUAAUACUGAAUUGCGUACAUUAUAUCGUGAAUAUCUUGAAGAAUCACGUCAAUGUGUCACUUUCAGAGAUGUUGGAAAUCGUUUAGAACUUGUGGAAUGUCGAAAACUUUUGUUUCAUUGUGGCUUUUACUUGUCAAAGAAUCAACUUGAAAACUUUUUAAAUGAUAUCCGUACAGCACAACGAACAAAAGCUUUAACUGAAGCGUCUUCCAUGAAUUUUAUUGAAGAAACUGCAAAUUUAUCAAACGAUAACAAAGAUCCAUUUAACUUCACUCGUUUGAAUGUUGUACCACAUAAUCAAGUUCUUCUUUUUCGAGAAUUUCUUGAAUUGCUUGUACGAAUUGCAUCUUCGUGGGUUCAAAUGGCUCAUGUCGAUGGAUCUAUUGAAUUAUUUGAAAAUUAUGACAACACUGAGUUUCUUGCAGAGAUUUUUUCAGAAUUCUACAAUCAAAUGAUGAUUAAACGUCAUCGUAUAAAAGAGAAUCAACAAGUUACAUGGUUGUCAUGUCUUCGAAGCGAGUUAAUGAGUAAAUCAUUGCACUGUACAUUCAUAAAACAUCAUCAACAUUUGCAAUCCUUGUACGAGAAAUGUGCUAAUCAAAUGAUCACCAAAGGAGAUGUGACGAUUCAAUCACUUCUUACCAUGCUCUAUAAUCAAUCAUCAAUCUUUACUCCUGACUUUCAACUUAGUAAUGCACUUGCAGCACUCAAUCAAGCCUUUGAAUGUUCUUUUCCACUUGUUCCAGUUGAAUGUUUAAAGAUCGGAAGACAUCAAUAUGAAACUAGCAAUGAAAUUGAGUCAAAUGCGUUUUUCUUAGGUACCAAAUUGAACUAUUCCGACUUUUUGGAGGCAUUUGCUACUAUCUUGUACGUAAAACAACAUUUAGAACUCGAGAAAUGUCAAAAAGAUGACGAGACAAUAGCAUUGAACGUACUUGUCGAUCACUUUAUCGAGUCAUUGAACGAUGAAACAACUAAAGAAAUAACAUUCUCAACCAAGCUACAAAAUGCUAGUACACACGUCCAGCAGGUCCCAUCACUUGAGCGUAUUUUGAUGGCAAACUAA